UACCGUGACCUGUGUUGUGUGGGAUGCUGGAGAGUGGGAGAGCUGGAGUGGGCAGAUUUGAUGCCAAUUGGCAACUCUGAGAGGUUUGGCUUGUAGUCAGUCAUGGGGGAUUCAAUCUUCAACUGCUGUUAUGUUCCACCCCAUCCUCCAGGCCAGGAGGAACCCCUCAGAUCCAGGCGUUCAGAGAUCAUGGCCGCCACUUCUGCUCACAUCUCCAAUAAGCGCUUCCUCAUCUUCUUCGACUUCGAUGAGACCAUCGUGGACGAGACCAGUGAUGAUAUGGUGGUGCAGGCCGCCCCGGGUCAGCACCUCCCAGGCUGGCUGAAGGACACCUACCAGCCUGGCCGCUACAACGAGUACAUGCAGCGUGUGCUGGCCUACCUGGCGGAGCAAGGUGUCACUGAGAGCGACAUACGCAUCAUCAUGGAGAAGAUACCCGCCACGCCUGGCAUGCUCAACCUGUUCCAGUUCCUCCGCACCAGUCCUCCACAGGACUUUGAGGUGGCGCUGGUGUCUGACUCUAACAGCUUCUUCAUUGAGUCUUGGCUCCGUCGGGCUGGUGCCCGCCAGCUUUUUCACCGGAUCUUCACCAACCCUGCGACCUUCAACAAGGACGGCCGCCUGGUGCUGCGGCCCUUCCACUCCCACAACUGCCCUCGCUGCCCUGACAACAUGUGCAAGCAGGUGAUCCUCAGGGACUACGUGGCCCGCCGAAUGCAGGAGCGAGGCCGACCCUACCAGAGGGUGUUCUACGUGGGAGAUGGUGCCAACGACUUCUGCCCGGCGCUCAUUUUGGGGCCCCGGGAUGUGGCCUUUCCCCGGCGGGAUUUCCCCAUGCACCGCAUGAUCACAGAGAUGCACGAGGCCAUGCCCGGGGAGUUCAAGCCGGUCACAGUGCCGUGGGUCCACGGAGAUGACGUGGUGCAGCGACUGAGGAAGCUGGUGGCAGAGUAGAUGAUAACUCCAACGGAAAGAGGGCUAAUAAUACUUUAAAUCUUAUUCUCAGGUAAAAUAGUCCCAGAAGCCGUUGUCAGACACAAUAAAUUGUUCGAUGCCGUGUCCUUCGUCGAGAAGCUCUGUGUAUUUGUGGUCCAACCUGCAUGUUUCUCAGUGCUCCAUGUUGUUUUCUCUGGAGGUUCUGCCCCAAACAGCAGGUUAAUGAUUACGGAGAGGUGCUUUAGGGUUACUGAGGACACCUGACACCUGGACACUUACUCAUUCUUGUUAAGCAUUAAAGUGGCUUGAAUGAGAUUUGCUUUUGAAUGAGAAAUUUAAGUGCAUUGUCACACAAACUGCACAUUUUCUUUAAAAUAUAAAGCCUUAAAAUGUAAAAAAAAAAAAAAAGUGAAUUUAGAAUGAGGCUGCCCUCUGAUGGCAGUGGGUGAUAACAGAGAUGGUGUUUGUUUGUUGUUGUUUUUAACAUUAUUCUUGUUAGGGAAGAUACAUUUCCAGAUGUGUAACUGUGUUUAUCUGUUUAUUGUGUUGUUACUGUGGACAUUAACACCAGCAGGAAUAAAGCCAUGAAC